CCAAACUUCACAAAAAAGAAUUUCUGCUCAAAGCGAGAGAGAUGUGCGGUGGAGCCAUCAUCGCCGACCUCAUCCCGGCAGCAAGAUCAGACUGCCGCUCGCCGGUGAGCCAACCACGGCAGGCCAAGAACAAGAGGCCAUGGAGAGGCCAUGGUGACGACGACUUCGAGGCAGCCUUCGAGGAGUUCGAUGGCGAUUCUGAGGAAGAAGCGUUCGAGAUGGAUGACAUAGACAACGACGACGCCGACAAGGAAGAGGCGUUGGCGCCGUUCGGCUUCUCUUCCCUGUUUCCUCAAGGACGCCAUGGCAAGAACACCUCGAGGCUGGAGGCGAGGCGGCGACCGGGGAGAAGAAACACGAGGCAGUAUCGCGGCGUGCGGCAGCGGCCAUGGGGCAAGUGGGCGGCCGAGAUCCGCGACCCUGUGCGCGGCGUCCGCGUCUGGCUCGGUACCUUCCCCACCGCCGACUCCGCCGCGCGCGCCUACGACGGGGCCGCGCGCCGCCUCCGCGGCGCCAAGGCCAAGCUCAAUUUCCCGUCGUCCCCACCGCUCGACCGCAAGAGACGCCGCCGUUCGUAUGCCAACGCCAACGCCAGCGCAGUCAUCGCGAACUGCCCGCCAACCGUGAGCCAUGCUGCUGCGGCGCCUGGAGUUGUGCGCGAGCCAGGCGGCGCCAAGAAACCGCCGGCAAACGGCGGGGCCAUGCAGGCGCUGCCGCCUUUGCCUCCUUCCGCGGUGUGCGCCAGCACUGGCGGCCAGCAGGAGGCGUUCGACCCGUACGACUUGUACGGCGAGCUGGCCUCGUACUUCAGCUUCGACGUCAGCGCGUUUGAGCCGCUGGAGAGCAUGCUCACUGGCGGCAUCGCUGCGGAGGAACGCGGGACCAUGCCAUUGUGGAGCUUUGGUGACGACGGCUCGCUCUGCUUUUGAUGCUGCAAAGCUGCCACGCCACCGUGGCAUGCCUCUUCUUCCGGUCCUGUAUAUGUAUAUAGUUUUCAGUGGCUUGUGCUAAAUUGGUCAUGCCUUAAGAUCUGCGCUCAGGACAUUACUAUAGAACACGUGGGAAACUCCUGUUACUCCGAUUUCUCAACCAGGACCGCUAGGACGGUACUGGGGGUAGUCCCGGUUGUGAUUUCAAGCAACUAGAAAUCCCGCGUCGUAGUACUAGUUGAUGCGGAUUUUAGUUCAUGUAUGUAGUAGUUGUUGCGUACAGGCAAAUGCACAAGUAUUUUA